AGCAGUUCCUAUCAUUAAUCCAAGAACUUCCUAUAAAUAUAGUCCACUCUUAUAGAAAGUCUCAUUGCCAUUGACCAUGGCCAUAUCCAAAACCGUCUUCAUUUCUGCCACCCUCUUCUCCUCCCUCGUUGCCGCCGCCGCCUACUACCAAAAUAUCUCCUCCACGUCCCUAGGUUUCGUGGAGGAGAAACUAACUCGCAUCCGAUUCUACUUCCAUGAUGUUGUUACGGGCCCAAAUGCUACCAUAAUCAUUUCCAUAAGUCCACUUAUGGGAAAAUCUAAGGCCCCACUUCCAUUCGGGUCCUUGGUAAUGCUCGAAGACCCGUUAACUGUCGGACCCGAACCCGAUUCCAAACUCAUUGGAAAGGCGCAAGGAUUCUACACAAUGGUGACACAACGCGAGGACAUUGAUUUAGAGCUUGUGAUGGGUAUGACCAUAACAUUCACAGAAGGCAAGUUCAACGGCAGCACCCUCAGCCUCUUUGGCCGGAAUUACAUCUUUGACCCCGUCAGAGAGAUGCCGAUCGUUGGUGGAACCGGCGCGUUCCGAUUCGCGCGUGGGUUUGUUCGUGCUAAGACUUACUCAGUGGAUUAUUACAAAGGUGAUGCUGUUGUGGAAUACAACGUCUACGUCUUCCACUAUUCAAACCAAGGCUUUGAUGCUUCUACUCCUCAAGAGCGUUUUAGCAAUGGCUUUGAGUUCAUGACUGACCCUAUACUUAGCAAAAUAUAAAAGUAAAAAUUUUCGGGAAAAGGAUUUAAGUUUUGUUACUACUUAAUCAUCACUUAAGAAUUAUGCUAUAAAAAUAAAAGAAAAAUUAUAUUUAUGCUAUA